AUGAUCAAACGUCUAAUAUCAGUGAGUGGUGAUCGAGAGGCAGUGAUUGAAUGUGAACAAAAAGUAAAACAAUUCCUGGACAAAUUUGCAUGCAGUUCCAAUCAUCCGAAUGGUAUUAAGCCUGAAAAUAUUAUAAUUAACAUGAAAAACAUAUGUUCCAUAUGUAGUUGUGAUUUUGAUUCUCCUUAUACAUUGGAACAAUGUGGACAUACAUUCUGUCGUUCAUGUUUAAAUGCUUAUUUCGAUGCGUACUUUGAUGUGACUUUAAGUUUUGAAGCUUUUAAAUUAUCGUGUCCAUUUUAUCAAUGUGAUGAAAUUUGUCUCAUUCGUGAUCUUGUUUCUGUAAUUGGCUUUGAACGAAUGGCUCGUCUAGCAAUGAUUGCUUUUCAAGUUUAUAUUCGUCGAGCAGAUAAUGAUUUAGUCCAAUGUAUGGGAAUCGAUUGUAAACAGGUGUAUCGUUCAUCAAAAUAUUUGUCAAUGUAUUUCUGUGAUCAAUGUAUCAAAUUCUAUUGCAUACCAUGCAAAGUUGAAUAUCACAUCGGUAUGACAUGUGAACAAUAUAAAAAAUUACACGAGGAAAAAGAUGAAGAUGCCAUUUUGGAAUACAAUCUAGGAAAUCUAUCCCAUAAACCUUGUCCCAAAUGUCGAAUACCGAUUGACAAAUAUGCUGGAUGCAAUGCUGUAAAAUGUACAUUAUGUAAUAUUCAUUUUUGUUGGCGAUGCAGUGCAACUGAUGACGUUGAUAGUAAUUCACAACCAUUUCAUGGAUCCAAAUUCGUCAUGUUACAACAAAAUGUUGGAUGA